ACACAAUACACACCUAAACAUGAUCAUAAAAUGCUCCGUGUUUGACUUAAAAAAAAAAGAAUGUGAUUAUUAUUUAAUUUUGUUUUCGCGUGUUUCGUACAUCGCCACGUCCGGAUCUGGAUCUGGAUUUACGCGGUUUAAGAGACGCGCGACUUAUCCACCCCCUGCUUCCUCCGAAAACGGGGUGCGCGGAUAUACAGCACGAGAGACGCGCGAAAUGAUGAUACGUCUCUCUUUCUCGUGGACCAUCGAUCGAAUCCUGCGCACUUGGGGGAGGCUGGCCAUAUUCCCCCGAUCUCCCGAUCCCUUAAACGCCGCUGUAUCCCCGCUGCUAGUCGAUGUCGCGGCUCGAGGGUUCCGCCGCGAUUUUGGCCUCGCAAGUCGCGGUGUAGAUCGUAGAUGAACAACAUCAUCAUCAUGCGGCUUCGUAAUCCGGAUAGUUAGAUAGCGCGUUCGUUUCGACUCACCACUUUUCUCCCACUCCCUUUUGCCUCUUCAUGAAGCCUCGCUUUCGUCCGGGGUCGUGGCCGUUUUAGUUUAAUCAUUUCAAUAAACGUGUCGCCGUGAGCUACGCUGCGCGAGGCUCGAUCGCCAAGAAUCGGAUAGCGGGAUCCCCCAGGAGGAACAUAAAACGGGCAACCGAGUCACCGUUUGAAGCAACAGAUAGGGAGAAAUGGCGAAUUUCCGUGGAUUUAACAUACCCUCCUUCGGAGCAACGAUCAACGUUGCUUGGGAGACCUUGAAGGCCAAAUGGCCGGAGAAUAGUCCGUGCAUGGAGCUGAUACGGGGCGCCGGCAUGGGCCAGGGACAUCCUCAAGGCCGAGGCGGUCACGGCCAAUUCAAAUCCUUCGACGAGGGCCACGACAACACCGAGAUGAUGACCAUGAACGGGGAUCAGGCGUACCGGGACCAGAAUAACGUGGCGGUCGCCGAAGACUCCUUCAGCUACCAAAGAAAUGGAGACAAAGUUAGGACUGGCAGCGUGAGCAGCGGGGAGUUCAGCGAGUAUGACGAGGGUGGCGGAGAAUUCGGUGGCGCGGGUGUCAAGAUCAACGAAUGGCAGGCCGCCUGGAACGUUACGAAUGCUAUUCAGGGAAUGUUCAUCGUCUCCCUGCCGUUCGCCGUUCUGCGUGGCGGUUACUGGGCGAUCGCCGCGAUGAUCGGUAUCGCGCAUAUCUGCUGCUACACCGGCAAGAUCCUAGUGGAGUGCCUGUACGAGCUGGACACGGUAACCGGUCAGCGGGUACGCGUGCGAGACUCCUACGUGGCCAUCGCCAAGGAGUGCUUCGGACCAAGGUGGGGCGCCCGCGCCGUCAACAUCGCGCAAAUCAUCGAGCUGCUGAUGACCUGCAUCCUUUACGUGGUCGUGUGCGGCGACCUGAUGAUCGGCAGCUUCCCCGAAGGCGCGAUCGACACUCGCAGCUGGAUGAUGCUGAUCGGCAUAUUCCUGCUGCCGCUCGGCUUCCUCAAGUCACUUCAGCACGUCUCCGUGCUGAGCUUCUGGUGCACGAUGUCUCACCUGUUAAUCAACGCGAUCAUCAUCGGCUACUGCAUCCUGGAGAUCGGCGACUGGGGCUGGUCGAAGGUGAGAUGGACGAUCGACAUAAAGAACUUCCCCAUCUCGCUGGGCGUGAUUGUCUUCAGCUACACGUCGCAAAUCUUCCUGCCGACCCUCGAGGGAAACCUGAUCGAUCGCUCCAAGUUCGACUGGAUGUUGAACUGGAGCCACAUCGCCGCGGCCGCGUUCAAGUCGCUCUUCGGCUGGAUCUGCUUCCUGACAUUCCAGAACGACACGCAGCAGGUGAUCACGAACAACCUGCACUCCGCUGGGUUCAAGGGCCUGGUGAACCUGUGCCUGGUCGUCAAGGCGGUACUGUCGUACCCGUUGCCGUAUUACGCGGCCUGCGAGCUCUUGGAGCGCGCCUUCUUUCGCGGCCGACCGAAGACGCUCUUCCCGACUAUCUGGACGUUGGACCGCGAGCUCAAAGUCUGGGGCCUCGCCUGGCGGAUCGGCGUGAUUGUGUUCACCAUCCUGAUGGCGAUCUUCAUACCGCACUUCAGCAUACUGAUGGGCUUCAUCGGCUCCUUCACCGGCACCAUGCUCUCGUUCAUCUGGCCCUGCUACUUCCACCUGAAGCUGAAGAGGAACUCGAUGGAGUGGAGCGCCGUCGCUUACGAUUGCUUCGUCAUCUUCCUCGGUCUACUCUUCGGCAUAAUCGGCGUCUACGACUCCGGCACCGCGUUAAUCGAUGCCUUCGAGAUCGGUUUGCCCUUCUGAGCGAUCUCGCGCCAGCUAGAUCGUUUCGUUGUUGUUCUUGUCUUGUGCCGAAAUGAUAUCACAGAAAAUACUCUCGAGCCGUCGAAAUAUCCGACUCUCCACUCGACGGUCGCUACUCACGCAAUAAUUGUUAAUACAUACGGGCGAAAACUGUAAAAUCCUGAAGGCAUAUCCUGAAUCGGAAAUUAAGUAUUUCGCGCGCGCUUGAGAGGAAUUACCUAGUAUGCAAAUAUUGCAUUAUGUAUAACGUUGUAUUGUCUACUUCUUAUCAUAAUUUUAACAUCUUUAUCCUUUUCACAGUGACGCAAAAUUAUUUUCGCGUAAAAGAUGAGCAGUCUGAAACUUCUUUCUGGAAAUGAUCUUGGAUCGGACGUGCAAUUAAAGUACAAGAGCCUCGUCUUCCAUUUGCAUAAAGGUCUAACGCACGAUUGACCCUUGUAUCUGUAACGAUACGUGUUCUCACUAUCAGUUUACAUUUAAAAGCUGACAGGUGAGAAUUUCGGAGCGACAAUAUAUCAUUCAAUUUGUUCCCUUCACUGCAAUCAUACUCCGAGCAGGCUGUUGUGAUCUAUUUUUAGAAACGCAAAGAAUGAAAUUUUCAGAGAACCUAGACGAGAGUACACUAUUUUCUACUAGUACUCGCAGUAUUCCUUUUCAGGAGGAAAACGAUCACUGAAACUCGUUAGACACACUGCACACUGCAAUUCAAGCUGUGCAAUAUAAUUGUAACGCAAGAAAUUUAUCCGUCUUCCAAUCUCCGACUUGUUUUUGCAUUCGGGAUUUUGUGGAAACGAAACGCAAUUUUAAGAACGAGAAAGAGAGAAAGAGAGAUCUAACGUGACAAUAUCGCGCACGAGGCGCAUCUCCUGAUGUCUUCCAUGAUGUAGUUGCAAACUGAGCGCAGCCUAACUAGUUGACCACUGUUACAGUUUUCUGGAUUUUAUAAUUGUAUUGCUGCGGAGUCAUAUAUAUCCGUAUAUAUAAAUAUAUAUAUAUAUAUAUAUAUAUAUAUAUAUAUAUAUAUAAUUUAUACGCGACGCGUGAAGUGUGAAUCGCGACGGCGAGGGGACGCGCGACGAACCGAUCAAUCUUGCGAUCCCAUCGCGUGCAUGUACAAAGGUACGCGCGCGAUCACACGUGUGAUAGCUGUUAGCCGUCUGCCAAAUAACUUUAGCGGUAGCCGUGCCGUCCCUUCGUCGUGCAAACGAAACGCAAAACGAUGCGCGAACAGUUAUGUACAAGCGAGUACAAUUAGUUGUAUAAUCCAAUGUCUUCCAAGAUCGCAUAGAUUACACGUUAGUUUAAGGAUUGAGUAUAGACAACGUAGCCGUUCCGUGAUGCUGCAGAAUGCUGCGAUGGCUCCGAAAAUCACGUGUACGUCUUCACAAAAAUUCGUUCUACUGAGAUACAAUUUUUAAUGGAUCCUUGAUCUCAUAGACCUUGAAAUUAACAAAUUAAUUAACUCGAUGGAUCUUUUUCAAAGAAGCUUCCGUAUUUUUAAAUGUUCUUUCUACCAAAAUUAUUGGAUAUUUGACUAUUUUUUUACGUUUUGAAAUAUUUCUUUACGUUUUCCGAGUUCCAUCCGCGAGCAUCCUGCAGACAUGGAAAAUUCGCAAAUUAACUAAAGCGUGUUAAUAAUCAUCGUGAAACGAGUCUUCCAAUAAUGUCUUCCAGAACGAUAAUAAUGAUAAAAAUAAACAACAAUAUUACUAUAUCAUAAUGAUAAUGAUAUAUUACUAUUUAUUGAGCAAAGAGAAUCUUUGUCAAAUGAUAUUAAGCGUUAUAUUGAGAGUUGUAGGCGUUAAGCGUUAAUUAUAUAAGGCUACGGUCAUGCAUAAUUGAUGUUUCAUAUUAAUGAAUAUAUCAAUGACACACAUAAUGUAAGUAAAAUCACGCUGUUCACGAAAUCAAGUUAGGUCGUUAACGAGGGAUCAUCUUACUUCUUUAUAUCGACAAUAAUUAUCAAAUAUGAAUGAGGAUUGUGUUUGGAAUCUUCUCUUCGUGAUUACAAGGCGAUCAAGUAGCUUAAUUUAUCCUAUAUAAAAUUUAAUAUUGCUUUGAUAUAAACAUAUAUAUAUUGUCAUCGGUAUGAAAAAAAAGAACGGAUGCACUGUGACGUAGAAUUCAUUGUGGAUAUAAAGCGAUAGUUGUUUCAAUUGAUCAUUCAGGUAAACCACGAAGAGAUACUCCGCGGACUGAUGUUUUAAUGUGAACAAAAGCGAACAAAUGUAGGCUUAUAAAGCGCUUUCGCAGAAAUAUCCAUAUUUUGUGGCGUUUCAACACAAGCAAACCUCAUCGGUGUUGUGUAGGCAGACUAUACCUAUAAACGUUAUAAAAACAUGAUGUAAAGCGGCCUCCGUAUUAUGAAAGAUAUGAAAAAUACAUUAUCCGUAUGGGUACGAAGAAAAAUAUAUUAACGAAAUUUUAC